AUGGAGGUUGUUUUCUAUGUAGUAACUUCAGGGCCGCUAGAAGAUGCCAUUGAAGAGGAAGAAGAAGAGUGUCCAUCAGAGGAGACAGACAUCAUCUCAAAAGGGGACUUUCCAUUGGAGGAAAGCUUUUCUACAGAAUUUGGGCCUGAAAAUCUGAGCUGUGAAGAAGUGGAAUACUUUUGUAACAAAGGUGAUGAUGAAGGAGUCCAGGAGACAGCAGAAUCAGAUGGGGACACACAGUCAGAAAAGCCAGGCCAGCCUGGAGUUGAGACAGAUGAUUGGGAUGGACCAGGAGAGCUGGAGGUAUUUCAGAAAGACGGGGAACGAAAAAUCCAGAGUCGGCAGCAACUUCCUGUGGGAACAACCUGGGGGCCAUUUGCUGGGAAGAUGGACCUGAAUAAUAAUUCCUUGAAGACAAAGGCUCAGGUCCCAAUGGUGCUGACUGCUGGUCCCAAGUGGCUACUGGAUGUGACUUGGCAAGGAGUAGAAGACAACAAAAACAACUGCAUUGUGUACAGCAAAGGGGGUCAGCUUUGGUGCACAACCACGAAGGCCAUCUCUGAGGGUGAAGAGCUAAUUGCCUUUGUGGUGGAUUUUGACUCAAGGCUACAAGCUGCCAGUCAGAUGACUCUUGCAGAAGGGAUGUACCCUGCACGCCUGCUGGACUCAAUUCAGCUGCUUCCUCAGCAAGCUGCCAUGGCUUCUAUUUUGCCUACAGCUAUUGUCAAUAAGGAUAUAUUUCCUUGCAAGUCUUGUGGCAUCUGGUAUCGGAGUGAGCGGAAUCUGCAAGCCCAUUUGAUGUACUAUUGCAGUGGGAGGCAAAGAGAAGCCGCCCCAGUAUCAGAAGAAAAUGAAGACAGUGCUCCUCAGGUUUCCAGCCUGUGCCCCUUCCCACAGUGCACCAAGAGCUUUUCAAAUGCCCGAGCCCUAGAAAUGCACCUGAAUUCACACAGCGGAGUGAAAAUGGAAGAAUUCCUCCCCCCUGGUGCUAGUCUAAAAUGCACCGUCUGUAGCUACACCGCUGAUUCCGUGAUCGGCUUUCACCAACACCUGUUCUCCCAUCUCACUCAAGCUGCCUUCCGAUGCAAUCACUGCCACUUCGGCUUCCAGACUCAGAGGGAGUUAUUGCAGCACCAGGAGCUCCAUGUCCCUGGAGGCAAACUUCCCAGAGAAGGUGAUAUGGAGCACUCUCCAAGUGGAACCGAAGACAGCUUACAGCCAGCCACAGACUUGUUGACCAGAAGCGAACUCCCGCAGAGCCAAAAGGCGAUGCAGACUAAAGACGCGAGCUCUGACACAGAGCUGGACAAGUGUGAGAAAAAGACUCAGCUCUUUCUCACGAACCAGAGACCAGAGAUACAGCCUACGGCAAAUAAACAAAGCUUUUCUUACACAAAAAUCAAGUCUGAGCCCUCCAGUCCAAGACUUGCCUCAUCUCCGGUUCAGCCUAACGUUGGGCCUUCUUUCCCUGUGGGCCCUUUUCUGUCUCAGUUUGCUUUCCCCCAAGAUAUCACAAUGGUCCCUCAAGCUUCAGAGAUCUUAGCCAAGAUGUCUGAACUGGUACAUCGGCGACUGAGGCACGGAAGCAGUAGCUACCCUCCCGUGAUUUACAGCCCUUUGAUGCCCAAGGGGGCCACUUGUUUUGAGUGUAACAUAACGUUCAAUAAUUUGGAUAAUUAUCUAGUGCACAAAAAACAUUACUGCAGCAGCCGAUGGCAGCAGAUGGCCAAGUCCCCAGAGUUCCCUGGCGUUUCAGAAAAGAUGCCUGAGGCCGUGAGCCCCAACACUGGUCAAACCUCCAUAAACCUUCUCAACCCAGCUGCUCAUUCUGCUGAUCCCGAGAACCCACUUCUUCAAACAUCCUGCCUCAAUUCUUCCACUGUUUUAGAUUUAAUUGGGCCAAAUGGGAAGGGCCAUGACAAGGACUUUUCCGCUCAAGCUAAGAAGCUCUCCACCUCUAACAGCAGUGAUGAUAAAAUUAAUGGAAAACCUGUUGAUGUGAAAAAUCCCAGUGUCCCCUUAGUGGAUGGGGAAAGUGACCCAAAUAAGACUACCUGCGAAGCUUGCAACAUUACCUUCAGCCGGCAUGAAACAUACAUGGUCCACAAACAGUAUUACUGUGCCACACGCCACGACCCUCCCCUGAAGAGGUCCGCUUCCAACAAAGUGCCUGCCAUGCAGAGAACCAUGCGCACACGCAAGCGAAGGAAGAUGUAUGAGAUGUGCCUACCUGAGCAGGAGCAAAGGCCUCCCCUGGUCCAACAGCGAUUUCUUGACGUAGCCAACCUCAGCAAUCCCUGUACCUCCACUCAAGAACCCACAGAAGGGCUAGGAGAGUGCUACCACCCGAGAUGUGAUAUCUUCCCAGGAAUUGUCUCAAAGCACUUGGAAACUUCUCUGACGAUCAACAAAUGUGUCCCAGUCUCCAAAUGUGACACUACCCAUUCCAGCGUUUCCUGCCUCGAGAUGGACGUGCCCAUAGAUCUCAGCAAAAAGUGUUUAUCCCAGUCUGAGCGGACGACCACGUCUCCCAAAAGGCUGCUGGACUACCAUGAGUGCACUGUGUGCAAGAUCAGCUUCAAUAAAGUGGAGAACUACCUGGCCCACAAGCAGAAUUUCUGCCCAGUCACGGCACAUCAGCGUAACGACCCGGGCCAACUCGACAGCAAAGUAUUUCCAAAUCCAGAGAGCGAAAGAAACAGCCCCGAUGUCAGCUAUGAAAGAAGCAUAAUAAAAUGUGAGAAAAAUGGAAAUCUGAAGCAGCCUUCCCCUAAUGGAAACUUAUUUUCAUCCCACUUAGCAACCCUGCAAGGCCUGAAAGUCUUCAGUGAAGCGGCUCAGCUCAUUGCUACAAAGGAAGAAAACAAACAUUUGUUUCUUCCCCAAUGCCUUUACCCCGGGGCAAUAAAGAAGGCAAAAGGGGCUGACCAGCUUUCUCCAUAUUAUGGCAUAAAGCCAAGUGAUUAUAUUUCUGGUUCUCUUGUCAUCCACAACGCUGACGUGGAGCCGAGCACAAAUGCCGAAAAUGAAUCCCCUAAAGGCCAGGCUUCCUCCAACGGGUGCGCCCCGACGAAGAAAGAUCCCCUGCCGCUGUUACCCAAAAACAGAGGCAUGGUAAUAGUCAAUGGUGGACUGAAGCAAGACGAGAGACCUGCCGCCAACCCACAGCAAGAGAACAUUUCCCAGAAUCCUCAGCAUGAAGACGGCCACAAAUCUCCCUCUUGGAUCUCUGAGAACCCGUUAGCCACAAAUGAGAAUGUCUCCCCAGGGAUUCCUUCCGCGGAGGAACAGUUGUCUAGUAUAGCAAAAGGUGUGAAUGGCUCCACCCAGGCUCCCACCAGCGGGAAAUAUUGCCGCCUGUGUGAUAUUCAGUUCAACAACCUCUCAAACUUUAUAACUCACAAGAAGUUUUAUUGCUCAUCACAUGCGGCGGAACAUGUCAAAUGA